ACGACGAGUGGACAUCAUUUCAUCGUAUAUUUGACUAUUAGGUCGAAAUUUGACAAAGGUUGUCUUCAUGCCAUCAGAAAUAUUUUGGAUUUAAUUCGCACAAUGGCAAGGAAAUCCGAGGAACUUUCAUCUUAUUACGGUGAACCACGGAAGUUUGACUCAACAUUCAGAGGUCCAAUUCACAACAGAAGCUGCACAGAUGUGCUUUGCUGUGUGCUCUUCUUGAUUGUUAUCAUUGGCUACAUUGUGCUUGGAUGUGUGGCCUGGCUUCAUGGAGACCCGAGGAAAGUGAUAUACCCCACAGACAGCGUGGGACAGUUUUGUGGACAGAAGGGGACUGCUAACGAAAAGAAAGCCAUUCUGUUCUAUUUCAACAUACUGAAAUGUGCCAACCCUGCUGUUCUUGUAAACCUCCAGUGCCCCACAACACAGAUGUGUGUAUCUAAGUGUCCAGACAGAUUUGCAACGUUUGCAGACAUGCAGAUUCGGCACCAACUUGAUAAUGCCCACUGGGAAUACUACAGGCAAUUCUGCAAGCCAGGAUUCAACAACCCUACAAAGGCUGUGGCCCAUGUACUGCGUGAUGAGGACUGUCCAUCAAUGAUAGUACCAAGCAGACCAUUUCUACAGCGCUGCUUUCCAGACUUCAUUACCCACAAUGGAACACUAACAGUGGCCAACAGGACUGCCUUCCCAGACUCCCUGGAUAAAGCAAGAACUGCUACAGAACUUAAAGAUGCAGCUAAUGGGCUCACCAAUCUACUGGAUGGCAAAGACAUGGGGGCAAAAAUUGUUGAGGACUAUACCAGAUCCUGGUGCUGGAUUUUAAUAGGUCUGGUCAUCGCUCUGGUGGUCAGCCUGAUCUUCAUUCUGUUGCUGAGAUUCACUGCCAGCAUCCUACUCUGGUUUGUCAUCAUCAGCGUCAUCACCAUGGUGGCUUAUGGCAUCUGGCACUGCUACAGAGAAUUCUCCCAGCUGAGAAAUACUCCUGGAGCAGAUGUAACCAUCACAGACAUGGGCUUUCACACAGAUGUCCAUGUCUAUCUACGACUCAGUCAGACCUGGCUUGUCUUCUUGAUAUCCCUGGGUGUAAUUGAAUUCCUGAUCGUUGUGACGCUGAUCUUCCUGCGGAAAAGGGUUCGGAUCGCCAUCGCCCUGCUCCAGGAGGGCAGCAAGGCAAUCAGCUACAUCAUGUCGUCCCUCUUCUACCCCAUCGUCACAUUCUGUCUGCUGGCGGUGUGUAUCGCCUACUGGGCUGUGACUGCUGUCUUUUUAGCCUCAUCUGCAGAACCCGUCUACAAAGUGAUGUCAUCGUACCCUAACUGCUCAUAUGCUAAUCGUACUUGUGACCCAGAGACCUUCAACAGCACCAACAUUACUCAGUUGUGCCCUGGCUCCCAGUGCACAUUUGCCUUCUAUGGGGGAGAGAAUCUGUACCACCGUUACAUCUUUGUCCUGCAGCUGAGUAAUCUCCUGAUCUUCUUGUGGCUGGUGAACUUCACGGUGGCCUUGGGUCAGUGCACCAUCGCUGGGGCCUUUGCCUCGUACUACUGGGCCCAGAGGAAGCCUGCAGACAUCCCCUCUUGCCCAGUCUUCUGCUCGUUUGCCAGGGCUAUAAGGUAUCAUACAGGGUCACUUGCAUUUGGCUCCCUCAUCUUAGCUGUGGUUCAGUUUGUUCGUGUGAUACUGGAAUAUCUGGAGCAGAGACUGAAGGGAGCCAACAACAUGGUGGCCCAUUUCUUGCUGUGUUGCCUUAAAUGCUGCUUCUGGUGCCUGGAACGCUUCCUCCGCUUCAUGAACCGCAACGCUUACAUCAUGAUGGCAAUAUAUGGAACAAAUUUCUGCACUUCAGCACGUGACGCCUUCUACCUAUUAAUGAGAAAUGUGGUGAGGGUAGCAGUAUUAGAUCGAGUGACUGACUUCCUUCUCUUCUUGGGAAAGAUUUUAAUUGCAGGGAGUGUCGGUGCCAUUGCUUUCCUUUUCUUCACACAUAAAAUACCCAUCAUUCAAGAAGAAGUGCCAGUCUUGAAUUAUUACUGGAUACCUCUGCUGACAGUGGUAUUUGGCUCCUACUUGAUUGCUCAUGGAUUCUUCAGUGUCUAUGGGAUGUGUGUGGACACCCUGUUCCUCUGCUUCUCACUGAAAGAACAGCACUGCGUCACUCCACUGCAACUCUGGGACUAUUACGAGACUGAAAUGAGAGAAGGGAUAUUGCCUGCUGGACCCAGAACACUAUGGACUAUAUGUACUUUUCUUGCAUGAACAGAAACGUAUUUCUCACUAGCAGCUGAUGCCUUACUUCAUGACUUUGAUGGCAACUAUAGGCUUCACCAUCAGCCUCUGGUUGAUUAACUCUCAAAAAAUAGUAUCAAGUUUUGUAGACUUGAUCUGAGCUUUGGCAAUAGCAUGGACAGAAGUAUUUUGAUGUUGGUUUUUGCUUAAGUAGACACACUGAGGCUUCAUCCUCCAAACAUGUUUGCAUUUAGCACAAGAGGAUUCACCCAGGGUAAUAGUAAUUACUGUACAGUCUCUGAUCAUUUCUUCAGGAUAAAGAAUUAUUCCCAAAGAAAUUAUCUCUAUUAUCAGUGUUUUAAUUACUGCAUUUACUACUGUAAAUGUCUCAUAUGAUGGAAUUCAACUAAUUGAUUUGGUAAAUAUAUUUUUAUAUACAUUUUGUAAAUAGAUUUUUUGUAUUUUGGUGUUUCACUGCCAAGAUGUGUUUACAGUGAAUGACAUUACAAACGAUAUGAAUGGUGUCACAUUUUUAAGCUCAGGCGAUGCACAGUUUGUGAUUCUGUCAUGUGCAACAGGUGCAUUUUUGAGACCAGAUCUUCUAUAUACAGAGCAACUUUGAGAGUUUACAAUAUACAGUAAAUGUGGAAUGUGAACUUAUAAUAGCCCUGUAUUAAACCCUUUGGAAUACUCCG